CCGAGUAUUGAACAAUUGAUCAGAUGCUCGUCCAAAUUAUAACUGGAGGCUGAUUCUUACAUCACGUUUUUUAAGCGCUACCGGGUAGAAAAAUUGUACAAAACCAUUAACAGACGGAAGUUAAAUCAGCGCCCAUUGAGAUGCCAAAAACCGAUUUUAAUUAUAAGCGUAUGACAUUGGUUCAACUCCUUAUCAAUAUCGUGUUGGAGUUAUGAAAUCAUACAUCCAUCGAUGACUUAAUCGUGAAAUAAUACGCACCGAUAAAACGAAGUCAUUGUCUCCAGCGAAUAAAACCCGAAAGCCGUUGAGUAAACGUGCGAGUAAUCUGCUCAUUUCUUAUCUUCGAAAUAGAUUUGCCAACUCAAGUUUAAAUAAGAAAGCUGUACGUCAGUACAUUGGUCUCAGUUUGGCUGAUAGCUGUAAGUAAGGUAGUAGUGCUCAGCAUGAUGAUUAAUCGCGUGUUAAUAGUGCUCACUUCGGUAGUGUUUGCUUGCACUACCGGAGAAUUGCUUUGUUCGGAAGAGUUGUUUAACGGUUUGGGAGGAACCUUGCCUAAUCCAAGUUCUCCGUCAGAGUAUUCGAGAUGUGUAGAAGGUGCAGUGCAGACAGUUCCCUGCCCGAAUGGCCAGUACUUCGAUACACAUACGAGAAUGUGUUUGUUUGAGCGAGUUGCACAAGAAACCCGCAUGGAACAACCAUUCCAGUUUGAGGAACUGUGCAACAAUCCGAAUGCAGUGGAAGUUUUCCCCAAUCCAACGAACUGUUCACAGUACAUCAUCUGCUACGGAUUGGUGCCGAUCGAACAAAGCUGUACCAAUGGAUUGCUCUUCAACCCGCAGCUCAAUACGUGCGAUAUACCGAGCAAUGUGAUUUGCGGAUACAGCUGUCCGGCGGAAGAUGAUCCUUACAAUCCCGUAUGGCUACCGGAUUCCAGAUUAGAGGACUGUUCGAGGCAUUAUCUGUGUUUUCAAGGGAACCCACUCCAGUUCUACUGCUACAACAAUCUUUACUUUGACAUUGUAUCACGAACCUGCACCUAUCCACAAUAUUCGGCCUGCAGCGUACCCGAUGUGUACUGCAGCAUAAACGUGACCAUAAACGUUGCAAAUCCCAGAAGUUGUACGUCCUACUACGUAUGCGUGGAUGGUUUCCCUCACUUUAGAAACUGUGACUUUGGGGAGUAUUUUUCUGAGGAUCUCGGUAUGUGCAUUCCUGGCACAUGUCAACCGGGUACGACUACAACUGUUGGAUCUACUACAAACGAGCCAACCUCAACGACAGUUUCGUCCGGCACUACUCCUUCAUUCACGUCCACUACGGAUUUAAAUACUCCAACUACUGGUUUUACAUCCACAAUUGAACCAAUUACAACGAGUCCUUCGUUUACAACACCGGUGGAGAGUACGACCGUUUCUGAAACAACAAUGUCUCCUACUACUUCGGUCGAAUCGUCGACAACUGUUGAUUUUACAACCAUUCCAACAGUAACAGACUCGACCACCUUUGGCCCCACUACGCCUGAACUUACAACAAGUGGUGCGAUAACAACAACCGGAACUCCUACCAUGCCUUCAACUACACUAGAAACAACAUCAGAGCUUAGUACGGACUCCACUACCAUUGAGAUCAGCACACAAUCUUCGACCCAGGACUUUUCAACGACAACGACAGUGUCGUCUACUUCAGAAUUAACUGAAAGUACACCAGAAACAACGUCAGAGCUAAGUACGGAAUCCAGUACCAUUGAGAUCAGCACACAAUCUUCGACCGAAGAUAUUACAACGACAACAACAGUGUCGUCUACUUCGGAUUUAACUGAAAGUACACCAGAAACAACGUCAGAGCUUAGUACGGAAUCCAGUACCAUUGAGAUCAGCACACAAUCUUCGACCGAGGAUAUUACUACGACAACGACAGUGUCGUCUACUUCGGAUUUAACUGAAAGUACACCAGAAACAACGUCAGAACUAAGUACGGAAUCCAGUACCAUCGAGAUCAGCACACAAUCUUCGACCGAGGAUAUUACUACGACAACGACAGUGUCGUCUACUUCGGAAUUAACUGAAAGUACACCAGAAACAACUUCAGAACUAAGUACGGAAUCCAGUACCAUCGAGAUCAGCACACAAUCUUCGACCGAGGAUAUUACAACAACAACAACAGUGUCGUCUACUUCGGAAUUAACUGAAACAACUACUGUUGAGUUGACAACUACUACGACUGAGAUGGUUACCAUCGAUCCGAACGAAGUUUGUGCAGGACAGGGUAUUAUUAUUCUGCCCUACCCAGGUAACUGCUACAUGUACAUCGUGUGCAUCAGCGGAAUCGGUGGUGUAUCGACGUGCGCAGUAGGGGAAAUUUUUAACCCCGUCUCAGCCACCUGUGUGCCUGGCAAUCAAGAAACUUGCACCCUGUCCUAACGUAACCGCCACUUAAUCGAUCAUGCUUGAAUUUUCAAAUAAAGUGUGUUCAUAUGCAAUCGGUGAUCGAAAAUCCCAAAUCCAUGUUCAUUAUUAGAAAACAAGGUGCCGCUACAUUCUGUUUCGAACGUAGCACUAUUACGCGCAACUACUGUGGCGGUAUGUUUGGAAGCAAAUUUAUGGCUAUUCGUGAGCGUCGAACAUGUCGCCCAAUGUUUGCCCACCAGCAUACCCGAUCUUCCCAAUCCCGUCCGGAUGCAACCCGGUUUGCAUAAAAUGUCCAAAAAAUAUGCGCUACCGAAGAACAUUUGAAUAUCACUGUGAUUAUAAAUUUAUAUUCGGCGAAAGAAUGCCACAAAAAGGAGGGGAAUAAAUUUCAGCUCGACAACCAACUCGACGACCAGCCACGGUAAACUGCAACUACCCUUUCCGAACUACUUUCGCCACUUCCACCUCACCCGGUGUCACUCUGGCAUAGGUGUCUAUAUGGUUUUUGGGAUCUAUAUCCUUCCCAGUUCUGUCGCUUCAACAAUUUUACCACAAAAAGGGUUCUGUGUGUGUUAAGUACGAGGGCGUGUGAGAAAACCCUGCCAAGCGACGGUGAAAUGCGAAUGACGGUGGGUGUGCAAAAUAAUGUUGAAAUAUUUAUAUAAAUUUCAGAUUUUGUUUUUGUGUAUUUUAUUGAUAACGCAAACAUUGCAAACCCAUUCAUUCACGCCACCUACAACCGUUCGUUCCGGCUAGCGGGUUUGCUUGCGUUGUGUGCCUUGCGAAUACUCCCGGACCCAGAACCAGGCACCGAAUGCAAACGCGACAUCAGACAUCCAUUUCGCCUAGCCACAGUCACAUGUGCUGCACACGGCACGGGUUGCAAAUUCCCUUGGAUCUGCAUGUGGCUUUGCUCGUUCUGAUGGUAACCGGUAGAGAGAAAGAGAGAGAGCGAAGCUGGAAUAAAGAAAGCACACACAGAAGAAGCUUUUCGUUUCGACAAACGGGAGGAAUAUCGGAUAGUAUGUGCAUCGGAUGCAUGUUGACUUUUGGGAUGCUGUGUGUAUGUGCUUUUGCGGGGAUAGUGUUGAUUGGAAUUUAUGCCGUCUGAUACGAUGGGAAUCAGUCUCAUUCCCUCUCUCUUUCUCUCCUUCUCGGCUGAAUAGUGGAAUGUCACAACGUGACAAAGCGCCCUGACCAAAGAAACAAGCAUUGUGGAAGGGAGAUCCGAUUUUCAUCAUCAGGUGGCGAUAAAUAAAAGUGAUUGCAUCAUUUUUUCUCGGUCGAAAAAAAUCCACUACCUGAAAUCA